AUGCCUCCCAUCCACCCCUCUGCCACCCUCCUCCCCGCCAGCACCCAAAACACCAUCACCACCUCAAAGCAGUACGAACAAAAUGCCCCUCACCAUCACCUCUUCGGCCGCUCCAGCCAAACCUGGGCCCCCGGCUCCGGCACUGUCGAACCAAGCCACAUCAACAUGAAAGGCCUAAUGGCCCUCUUCGCCAUCCUCGGCGCCGCCUUCGUCCUCGCCGCAAUCUGGUUCUUCUUCUGGGCCAAAAACGGCGGGUUCAUCUGGCGCAAAGGCGACUGGGAAGAAUACAAAUCGACCGUUCUCCGCCGCAAAGGACCCGACGGCCGCACUCUAUCCAACGCCACGAAGAGCACCAAACUCGGCGGCGGCAGCGUCUACCACAAAGGCUACAGCGACGACGGCUACACCUACACCGACGAAACAGCCACCAACCUCACCGAGAAGACAGGCGUAACGGGCGCGACCUCCGCCGAAAAGGAACGCAAACGCCGCCGCAAGCUCCGCGAGAAAUUCCGUCGCCGCCGCAAGGACGACGAAAUGACCGCGAACUGGGAAAACGAAGUCGACGAGGAUGUUGCCGCGUACAGAAAGGAAAAGGCCGCCCGAGUCGGGGGCAUUAACCGCGAAGGAGAGGGAACCUACUAUGGCAGUGACUACGAUCUCUCCAACCCAGCGAGUCAUUACAAUCAGAGCGAAAUCAGCGGUAGUCAGGUCCGCGAUUACGCUUAUGAUCCUGCCCCUGCUGCAAAAUCGCCAUCCCGGAAACAGAGCAGACGACGCGACUUCUCCUUCGUACCCGGCAGCGAGGAAGUCCUUAGCCAGGCGCCCACCCGCGACGACCGCGACCGCCACCACACCCGAGAACCCUCGGCGAGAAGACAUAACCGUCGGCGUGAGCGACGCCGGAAUCCCCCGCCUAGUGAGUCCUCCGGAUCUCGGACGAGUAGUCCCCGCAAGCGGGAGAGACAGUCCGUGCGGGGCCAUUACACGGAACCGUUGGAUUUCUCGUCGUCGGCGCCAUCGAGGUCCGAGUAUCAGUAUUCGAAUGUGGAUACGGAGGAUACGGGUACCAGGAGUUAUCACCACCCAAUUCCGGGGUUGAGUAAGGGGUAUAGAAGGGAGGGAGGACGAGGGAGGAGAAGGGAUAGUUUGAGUGAGAGUGAUUGA